CUGAAGCAGUAAUCGGACAACUCUCUUUCUCACUAGGACCGGGUCUCCUGAGAUAGCGCGUGGGGGCUCCAUGGGUUCCAACACCUAAAAUGAAAAAGAAAAAAGUUGUCUUGUAGUUUAUGUUUCUUGUGCGACAGAUUCAACACCUGAAGAACUGUUUUAAGAAGGGCUGCUGUCCAAUCUGCUGGACUGAUGAUCUUUUUGUAGAUGAUUUUUUUUUAAAAGAAGAUCUAAGAAGGGAUAAACACACAGGGAUUCAACCAUAAUUGUAAUGGCUCUUGGACUGUGACAUCGAGCUGCAAUAACAAGGAGUGACUUUGUUUCUGCUGGGGCAGGUGGAGGCAGAGUACAGAGAGGAGGAGUGUGGUUUUGUGAGGACUCAAAGCCGUCUAGGUGCAGGUCUAUGGAAAUGCAGGAUCUAGCCAGUCCUCACAGCCGAGUAAGUGGAAGCAGUGAAUCUCCUAAUGGUCCAAACCUCGACAACUCCCACAUCAAUAACAAUUCCAUGACACCCAAUGGCACUGAAGGUGAUAGCAUCACAAUGCUUACCACUGCAGACUGGUUGUUAGGUUCUAACUCACAGUCCGCUGCAGUUAAAACUGAGCCAAUGAGCAGCAGCGAAAUCGCCACCUCGGUAGCAGACACCUCUCUAGACAGCUUCUCAGGAUCAGCUAUUGGAACGAGUGGCUUCAGCCCAAGACAAACUCACCAGUUCUCUCCGCAGAUUUACCCUUCCAACAGAUCAUAUCCGCAUAUUCUUCCUACCCCUUCAUCCCAAAAUAUGGCUGCAUAUGGGCAGACGCAGUACACCACAGGAAUGCAGCAGGCCGCAGCUUACGCUAGCUACCCCCAGCCUGGCCAGCCCUAUGGCAUCCCGGCCUAUGGUCCAUUGUGGGCAGGCAUAAAGACAGAGGGGGGUCUGAGCCAGUCUCAAUCCCCGGGACAGACGGGCUUCCUCAGCUACAGCUCGGGCUUCACUACGCCACAGACGGGACAGGCCCCCUACAGUUACCAGAUGCAGGGUGGUACUUUCACGACAACGUCAGGAUUGUACGCAGGAAACAACUCCCUGACAAACUCAACUGGCUUCAACAGCACACAACAGGACUACCCCAGUUACCCAGCCUUUGGCCAGGGGCAGUAUGCUCAGUAUUACAACAGCUCACCCUACACUUCACCCUACAUGACAAGUAAUAACACAAGCCCAAGCACGCCCUCCACCACCACCACCUACACCCUGCAGGAGCCACCCACUGGCAUCACCAGCCAGGCGCUCACAGAGAACCCUGCAGCAGAGUACAGUACCAUCCACAGUCCAUCAACUCCCAUUAAAGAUUCAGAUUCGGAUCGAUUGCGCCGGGCCUCGGAUGGAAAGUCACGUGGCCGGGGGAGAAGGAACAACAACCCAUCACCGCCGCCUGACUCCGACCUUGAGCGAGUUUUCAUCUGGGACCUGGAUGAAACAAUCAUCGUUUUCCAUUCCUUGCUCACGGGGUCUUAUGCCAACAGAUUUGGACGGGAUCCACCAACAUCUGUAUCAUUAGGACUGAGGAUGGAGGAGAUGAUCUUCAACUUGGCAGACACACACUUAUUCUUCAACGACUUAGAGGAAUGUGACCAGGUACAUAUUGACGAUGUAUCCUCUGAUGACAACGGCCAGGAUUUGAGCACAUAUAACUUUGGUGCUGACGGCUUCCACGCAGCGGCGACCAGUGCCAAUCUAUGUCUGGCCACAGGCGUGCGGGGCGGCGUGGACUGGAUGAGAAAACUGGCCUUCCGCUACAGACGAGUAAAAGAAAUCUACACCACCUACAAAAAUAACGUUGGAGGUCUGCUGGGCCCGGCCAAAAGGGAAGCCUGGUUGCAAUUGCGAGCAGAAAUUGAAGCCUUGACGGACUCCUGGUUAACACUGGCACUGAAAGCACUAACAUUAAUCCACUCAAGGUCAAACUGUGUAAAUAUCCUGGUGACCACCACACAGCUCAUCCCUGCCCUGGCUAAGGUUCUGCUAUACGGCCUGGGAAUAGUCUUUCCUAUCGAGAAUAUUUAUAGUGCAACCAAAAUAGGGAAGGAGAGCUGCUUCGAAAGAGUCAUUCAAAGGUUUGGGAGGAAAGUUGUUUACAUUGUCGUCGGGGAUGGAGUAGAAGAAGAGCAAGGCUCGAAAAAGCACAACAUGCCCUUCUGGAGGAUCUCCAGUCAUUCAGACCUCAUGGCCCUCCAUCACGCCCUGGACCUGGAGUACUUGUAGCACUGCGCCACCACCGUCCACACGGCUCUGCCUCAGCUCACCCUGCAACGUUUCACCUUCGCCCUCUGGCUCUGUCCCAACGCUUACUGCAGAAGAAGCCUCCUCUGCCCCUCCUGA